GAUUAUACUAUUAUGGAGUUUUGAGGAUUAAAAUAAGCACAUAUUUUUAUAUUAAGAAAGAAGAAAAAAAAAUUAAAAUAUAAGUACUCUCAAAACUAGAAUAAUUAGAAAGUUCAGGGGCUUUUUCAGUGCGAGAUAUUGUUGAGGGGUCUCCACGCAUUUUUACCCUUCGCCCUUCUCCUUCACUCCUCUAAAAACCCUAACCCUAACUGGUCGAAGAAGAAGAAGAAGAAGAAGAAGAAGAGGAGAAAUGCUCCCCAGAUGCUCCCCAGUAAUGUACCCCAAAAGGUACUUUCUCCCCGAAACCCUAACCCUAACUCUCCGUCGACGCUUCUCCCCAAACCCUAACCCUAGCGGCGACCCGGUGGCCGCGCUCCUCCGCAUCGUCACCACCUCCUCCUCCCCCGAAUCCAUGGAAUCGUCGCUGGAGAGCUCCCGCAUCCCGCUCUCCCCCGACCUGCUGGACUCCGUGCUCAAAAAGGUGCGCUUUUGCCACGCCAACCCCCUCAAAACCCUAGACUUCUUCCGCCUCGCGGCGAAGCAACGGGGCCUCUCCCCCACCCCCUUCUCCUACGACACCAUGCUCUACGUCCUGGGCCGGAGCAGGCGCUUCGGCGAGUCCUGGGCCCUGUUGAAGGAGAUGAAGCGCCAAGACCCCGCCUUGAUCACCCCCCGCACCGUCAUGGUCGUCCUCGGCCGCGUCGCCAAGGUCUGCUCCGUUCGCCAAACCCUCGAGAGCUUCAGGAAGCUCCGCAAGCUCUGCGCCGAGCUCGACACCCCCUGCUUCAAUGCCCUGCUCCGGACCCUCUCCCAGGAGAAGACCAUGGGCGACGCCCGCAACGCGUACCACAGCUUGAAGCACGAUUUCAAGCCCAAUUUGAGCACUUUCAACAUCCUCUUGUCCGGGUGGAGGUCGGCGGAGGACGCCGAAGGGUUCUUCGCGGAGAUGCGAGAGCUCGGGGUGCGGCCCGAUCUCGUCUCCUAUAAUUGCUUGGUCGAUGUCUACUGCAAGAAUCGCGACGUCGCCAAGGCCUACAAGGUGCUCGACGAAAUGCGCGAGAGGGAAAUGCGCCCCGACGUGAUCACCUACACUAGCUUGAUCGGCGGGCUCGGGCUCGUCGGCCAGCCCGAUAAGGCUCGCGACGUCCUGAGGGAGAUGCGGGAGCUGGGUUGCUACCCCGACGUCGCGGCGUACAACGCCGCCAUUCGGAACUACUGCAUCGCGAAGCGGCUCGGGGACGCCUUCGCGCUGAUGGAGGAGAUGCGCGGGAGGGGGUUGGAGCCGAACGCGACGAGCUACAACUUGUUCUUCCGGUGCUUCUACUGGGCGAACGAUUUGGUUAGCGCGCGGAGGGUGUACGAGAAGAUGCGGGCGGAGGCGUGCUUGCCGAACACGCAGUCCUGCAUGUUUCUCAUCAGGCUGUGCCGGAGGCAGGAGAAGGUUGAUCUGGCGCUCGAGCUCUGGAACGACAUGGUCGAGAAGGGGUUCGGGUCGUUCACGCUGGUGUCGGACGUGCUGUUCGAUCUGCUUUGCGACGCUGGGAAGUUGGAGGAGGCUGAAAGGUGCUUUCAUCAGAUGGUCGAGAAGGGGCAGAAGCCGAGCAAUGUCUCGUUUAAGAGGAUUAAGGUUCUUAUGGAGCUCGCGAAUCGGCACGAGUCGAUUAGUAGGUUGUCGGAGAAGAUGGCUCUCUUUGGACGAUCAGUAGUAGGUGAUGAUUCGUGCGAUGUAACAUCGUCGUCGGAUCCUGGAGUAAUGGCCGUUUAGUACGCCUUAUAAUUUUGGAUCCUGAUUAUGCGAGCGUACGCGAAACAUAAGCGAUGUUUGGAGGUUGCCGCCUCAGUGUUUAGGCGCGAAGAACUGCGUUGAGAUUUCUGCAGAGAAAAGCACCUCUUUGCUACUGCAUCAGCUUUGUACCAUAUUCAGUGAACUAAUAAUUUACGGAGGAGGAUUGAUGAUUCAGUGAACUAAUAAUUUACUGAGGAGGAUUGAUGCUCCUUGUUAGGAUCUUGAAUGAAUGUACAGUAUUGUAACUAAAUUAUUAGAGGAUUUGAUGCUGAUCCUUUGUAGGUUGUAUUAGUAUUACUUUUUUUGUUUUUUUGGUUUAUUGUAUAACCAAACUUAGGCUUUA